AUGUACAACCCGUACCAGAACCAGGGACCACCCUACCAGAAUGGUAGCCCUUACUACCAACAACCGCAGCAACAAGCACCCCAACAGGCUCAGCCUCAGCAACAGCAACAGCAACAGCCACAAUUCAUGAAUAUGGCUCCAACGGGCCAGCAGACUCAACAGACAGUCCAGAAUUUAUAUGGUGGUAUGCAACAACAACAACCUCAGCAGUCCGGGUUUGGCAACAAUUUGACUCCAAAUGUGUCCAAUCCUCAAAUGACAGGCAGCUUUUAUCAACAGCAGCAGGGGUCCAACGUAGCCACCCCAACUGGAUUCUCAAACCAGAGUCAAGAUAUUGGCCAAUCUCAAUUUCAAACAGGGAUGCAGCCAAUGCAACAGCAAGGAACUGGAUACUUUGGGGGUAUGCAAAACCAAGGCCAACAAGCUCAAAUGCAGCAACCUCAGAUCCAACAACCUCAGAUCCAACAACCUCAGAUCCAACAACCUCAGAUCCAACAACCUCAGAUCCAACAACCUCAGAUCCAACAGCCUCAGAUCCAACAACCUCAGAUCCAACAGCCUCAAAUCCAGCAGCCUCAAAUCCAGCAACCUCAGCUAACUUCCCAAACGUCUCUACAACCGCUGUUACCACAACAAACAGGAUUUUAUAUCCAGCAAUCGCAGGUUCCACUAGAGCCACUGAAGCCCACUGCUACUGGUUUUGUUAACUCUUUUGCGAACAAUGGGGUUAACAAAGAGAUCAAGAUUCCUGCAAUGAGAUUGUCUUUCAUCACUGCCAAUGAUCAGGCUAAGUUUGAAACUUUGUUCAGGUCUAUAGUCAAACCGGGAUCAAACACCAUUACUGGAUCAGACUGCCGAGCCAUUUUACUGAAAUCAGGGUUGCAACCCUCUCAAUUGGCCAAGAUCUGGGCUCUUUGUGACACGAGCAGGGCCGGUGAACUACUAUUCCCUGAAUUUGCGCUGGCUAUGCACCUGAUCAACGAUGUUUUACAAGGUGAUUCAAUCCCAUACGAACUAGAUACUAAGACGAAGAAUGAAGUGUCCAGUUUUAUUGAUGCCAUCAACGUGAGUAUUGCUGCAAGUGCUAAUGCGACCAAGACUCCAUUUGACGAAAUGAUAACUGCGGGUAUGCCAGUUAUGCAGCCUCAACCAACAGGUCUAAUGCCACAUACCAGCUUUGGGAUGCCAUUACAGGGACAGAUGACUGGCGGGAUGAUGAACCCUCAAUCCACAGGUUACAUGCCGCAAACAAGCUUCGGUAUGCCAGCGCAGGUUACUGGAGGACCAGUAAUGGGCCAGACUACAGGAGGACCUAUGAUGGCACAAACAACGGGCGGUGUAAUGAUGCCUCAAACAUCGUUUGGAGCCCUGAAUGCACAGCUGACAGGAUCUAAUCCCAUGCAAGCCCAGAUUACUGGUGGGUAUGGUUCCAUGGCCCCGAACACCACUGGCGGUAUGAUGAUGCCUCAGUUAUCUUUUGGACAGGGUUUCAACCAACAGCAGGCUCAGCUACAGCCACAAGCAACUGGUUAUUACCCACCAUCCAACUUUAACCCCACAGUCCCUCUUGUUGCCCAAAAGACUGGUUUUGGUAAUAAUGAAAUCUACUCCCAAGCUAACUUUGUGAACCAAAUGGGAAACAAUAACCAGGUAUUAGCGGAAGAGGAGGAUGUAAUUACUCCAAAUGAAAAAUCUCUAUUUUACAAGAUAUUUGAAACGUAUGACACGAACAAUAAAGGUGUACUAGACUCCCCAACAGCUGUCGAAAUCUUCAGAAAGUCUGGGUUGAACAGAGGCGACCUGGAGCAUAUUUGGAAUUUAUGUGACAUCAAUAACAGUGGACAGUUGAACAGACAAGAAUUUGCACUUGGGAUGCACUUGGUGUAUAGGAAGUUGGACGGCAAAACUUUACCAACCAAGCUACCCCCAAGCUUAGUUCCACCAAGUACUCAGAUUUUGGAUAAUUUGAAAAGCCAGCUGAAAACAUCUAACUCCAUCAGUAACAACAGUUCCUCUAAAAUUGAUGCUUUGAGCUACAAGAACAACGACGAUGCGGAUACUUUACCUAAUUUCAAAAACCGGCGGAAAGUAUACUCUUCCAAGUCUCAAGAAGAGGUAAACACCCAGAAAACACCAACUGCCACAGCAUCCGUUGCCUCUUCCGAAAAUAUUGAAUCGAAGUACCCUGCGAUUAAUCAAGCUUCCUUAGCCGCCGCAAACCCAGUCAUUGAACAAGAACCACUGAAGAAGCCAACAUCCCAAAGAACAUCUCAAUCAGCCGGGACGACUUUGCAAGAUGAGCUGAAUGCAAUCCAUUCCUUAUGUGACAAGAUUGGAAGUCCUAAAUUUACCACUGCUGACGACAAUUCUUCCAUUCCUGGUACCUUGAAGGAGAGAUUCUAUAGUAUCGUUUACAAAGUUCCUUCUCUAUUCUCGGAUAUUGCUAAAGUUGACACCGAUAUUAUGAGUGCAAAGAUUGAAUUGUGCAAAUCUCGGAAUCCAGGUGGAGAGGGCACGGACAGUGAAAGAAGAAAAGCCCAAAGCAGAGCUCUUUUAAAAUCAAGAAUGGCUGCUCUGACAGGUAAAUCCGUCCCUGAAACAGAUGACGGCAACUCUUCCAGAAAUGAAGAAGAAAUUGCUAAGAUCAGAAGUGAGAGUUCGAAGAAUUUGGAGAUUAUUGCGGACAUCAGGAGCUCAAUAUCUGAUAUAUCUGCGUCGCUCAAGUCAUCACUAUAUGGUAAGAAUAUCGGCAAUGAUAACUCGAGCUUCCAAAGAUGGGAGUUUGGCGUUGGUCUGGAGCCUGAAGUCCGUAAGUUCAUUGAAAGGCUGAAUGCAGCACACAUCUCCUCUGCUCAACAAAGUGCAUCUUCUACGGUCGAUUCUAGCGCACCUUCCACACCCUCUUACUCUCAGUUCAAAACAUCAGAGGAUAGAGCAGCCUACCUGAAGGAGCAAGCGCAACAGAGGAUGAAAAAGAAACUGGCCAAAUUUGGGUUGGACCGCCGUCCAGGGGGUCGGUCGAGAAAUAAUUCUGAAGUGUCUCACAAAAACGUAGACUCCACCCCGUUUAUAGAAGAGAAGAACGAUCACUCAACACCGGUCUCUACUCCUCAAUUGAUUACAAAACCUGUGCAAUCUGGCUCAGUAGAACGGGUGCAACCAGAGGCACAGGAUGAGAGCGGUAGUGAAGAUGAAGAGGAAAAGCAACUAAGAGAACAGCUGCAACAAUUGAAGUUGAAAAAGACAGCCGAGAAGCAGAAAAGAAAACUUGAACUACGUAGACAACUCGAAGAGGCCAAAGCGGAAGAAAACUUGUCUUCACCUGACAAGGCCAAACCUGCUGAGAGUACAACACAAGGUGCUCAAGACAGAAUCAGUAACGAUAAGCCGCAGUUUCCAGUGAAUGCGGCCCCCGCACAAAAUGCUGGUACCGAUAGGCAGAGAAACCCCUUCUUCAAACAGGAGCCAGCGAAUUCCGCUACGUCGUCUUUUGAUGCUAGAGCAGCGGAGGCGCAGAGAAGGAUACAGAGAGGACUCGAUGAUCACAGUGAGGACGAAUGGUCCGAUGACAACGAUAAAAGUGGGAACAAGGUGGCGCCUGCCGCUCAAAAUGCCAAUGCGAAUGCUGCAUCGUCUACUGCAACCUCUCAGCCUGUCUCUAUGGCACCAUCUGUUCCCAAGGGUCCUGAUUCGGUAAACCAUAUCCCACCUCCGCCUAAACUGGACACGAAGGACGAUGGUGAUGACGAUGGGUGGUCUGAUUCCGAUCAUGACGACGGUAAGAAUGCACCUUUACCACAGACUGCAGUUCCAGUAGCUCCACCCAUCCCUAGUGGAUUUAAUGAGCCGGCGCCAAAUGCUGAUGCCGCAGAGACAGUGAAUGUAUCGGUCCCCGGUGCUGCACCACCUGUGCCUGUGGCACCACCAUUACCUUUUGUCUCAACCGAUGCGGUCCCACUUGCCCCACCUCCACCUCUAGUGUCAGACGUGUCUGCACCAGUUCCAGCUGUGCCUACACCACCUCCCGUGCCAAACAUGGGCUCGAACAUUCCAGGAGGGAUACCACCGCCACCACCUUUACUCUCAUCAACUGAGGGAACCAACGAGGCUAACGAUGAUGACGCAGAUCUAUCCAUUCCCGAAUCUGUUUCCUCUGACGAAGAGGAUACUCAAGGGCCACCAACUACGGGGAUACCUCCUCCACCACCGUUGCCAUAG